AUGGCUCUGGGGAGGCUCCUCCUGAUUCUGUCUCUUGUCUCAGGUGUGUCUACAGGUGAUGGAGACGAGAGCACCGGCCCUGCUGAGGUCCGCCUGGCGCAGUGGCUGGAAGAGAUGCUCGAGAACGAAACAACUCAACUGCAGCCGCUCCAGGAAGGGAGGAAGCCUGUCCGGGUCAUCCUGGACCUUCAUGUGCUCAGCAUUCUGGACGUGGACGAAAAACAGGAGCACAUCCUUAUCUACGUCCUGUAUGGACAGUUCUGGGAAGACGAGCGUCUCUCCUGGGAUCCCGCUCACCACCGUGGCGUUCGCAGAGUGAACCUCCCUGAGGAGAAGCUCUGGGUUCCUGAUGUCGUCCUUGCUGAGAUGGCAGGGUACGAAACUACCCCCAGGGCCACACAGGUGUCUGUCUCACACCUUGGACGGGUGGAGCAGUGGAAGCCUCGCCUUCUGCAGUCCAGGUGUCCCCUGGAUCUGUACAAGUUCCCGCUGGACACGCACACCUGCAAUCUGACCUUUGGCCUCCUGACGCAUAGCUAUGAAGAGGUCCAGGUGGACUGGGCUUCACACUUACAGGAGGGCUGGAGAGAAUGGGACUGGACUUUCUCUGUGGGCGAGUGGGAACUCGUCUCCCUCACUGUGCUCCCAUACCACCAGGCCACAUGGAGCCUCAACACCUCUGCUGUCAGAGUUCAGGUGACUGUGCGCAGGCAGCCCCUCCUCUACCUGGUCACGCUGCUCCUGCCCAGCUCCCUGCUCCUGGUGCUUGACCUCCUGGCUUUCUUUAUCCCGCCGUACCUGAAGCAGCGGCUCAGCGUUAAGGCCACCAUUUUUACUGGCCACUUCAUCUUCAUCAUCACCAUCUUCACCUUCUUCCCGCCCUUCACCAGAGACCUACCGCUGAUCGGUCAGAGAUGUUUUGCACUCGAACUCAGAUGUCCAGUCAAACCAAAGACAUCCUGUUGCUGUCAGUUGGCACUGAUGAUCUGUGCUGCCCCCUGUGGCCAGGGAGUGACUUGCAACCAGUGACUCGUACCCACCUCCUUUUCCACAGAGGUCUACCUCUUCUGCUCUCUGGGCCUUCUGGCCUGCAGCACCAUGGAAACAGCUGUGGUG